UGACAGGGUCUAACUGACAAAACCUGAAGUUGCCUCUCUGUUAGAGCAAAUGCUAGCCACUUAUGUAUUUUACUUUGACAAACUUUGAUCGAGGUGAAAGUUUCAAGUAGUGAUGUAAUAAUAUUCAAGCAUGAGUUUGCUAGACUGCUGAAGUAAAUAUUGAAAGAUUAAAGUUGCGAAAUUCCUUUUCAAUGUGGCUGCAUCAUGAAGACUUUAAAUCUCAAAAAUUCCAUUUUACAAUUUCUUCAUCGUAGAGGUAAAACUUUACUUAAAGUGUUAGCAGUAGUGUUACUCAUUUAUCUCUUUUACUGGGAAGUGCAUUGCAUGAUCUUCAGACAGGACAAUGCUGUCUGCAUUAACAUCCAAGGACGACUGGCCAAUGCCAUGUUUCAGGAAGCCUUUGUGUACUCAUUUGCAGAAGAGAGAGACAAAUCAGAAGUCAUUUUCAAUAGCGAGAAUCCUCUUGUCGAUAUAUUUACCCUGGAGGGACUUAACUGGAGAUAUGAUAGUUCGUAUUCUUGUUCUUGUUACUCUAAGUUUGAGGAUAAGUGGGACUGUGCUUUUGAUGAUGUUUUUAAAAAUCUUCAGCUUCCUGUUCAAGUCUAUGGAUAUUUUCAGUCUUGGAAAUAUUUAAAAGGCCAUGAGGAGGGAAUUCGCAGAAUGUUUACAUUUCAGCCGCAUAUACGAAACAAAGCCAAAGAUCAGCUUCACUCUAUUGUUGAAUCAUUCAAGGAUAAGGGAGUGACUGACAAGACUGUUCUUGUGGGAAUUCACAUACGAAGAGGAGAUUAUGUUAAAAACAAACAUUUUGUAGAAUUCGGUUACAAUGUAGCCCCUGAAGUCUACAUACAUAAUGCCAUAAAGUUUUACCAAGUAAGAUAUCCAGAUGUACUCUUUGUAGUUUGUGGAAAUGACAUUGUGUGGGCUCGAGAGGUUAUGAAGAGUUAUGAGAGGGUGCACUUUGUGGAGGGCAAUUCUCCUUCACAAGACAUGGCCCUGCUUACUAGGACCCACCACACCAUAAUGACGGUGGGGACCUUUGGGUGGUGGAUAGGGUGGCUAACAAACGGCACCACCGUGUACUAUAAAAACACUUACCGAGAUGGCACAGACUUCAUGGCACAAUUUCAUGGAAGUACCAGAGAACACUUCUUGCCAAAUUGGAUUGGUUUAGAAUGAUUUUAUUGAAUUUAUUAAGUAAAUUAACGAUUUAUCAUUAAUUAAAUUAAUUAUUUAAUUUAAAAAGCAAAUAUUUUGUAAUAAUUUGUUGUGUGAUAAUUUUUUUUUUUUAGUUUGUAUAUGUUUUGUGAGCUCUGUUUGCAAAGUUCCGUAAUUGUCUUAAAGCCAAACAUAUUUACCACAAAACCUAUCUUUGAUCAAAGAAAUUAAUAUUUUUUAAUGAAUGAUUAUUGUAAAUUUUUACAAUUUUGAUAUUACUUUAGUUCUUGUACAUUUUAACUUCUGAUAAGUUGAACAAACAAUAUGAAAAUAUUUCAUGGUAAGAUACUUGCAUAAAUUAUUUGGUGUUCGCUAUGAUUUGCCAUUGCUUUUUGGUGUGUUUUUAUUCAAACAUGACCAUAAUUUUUUUUUGCUAUAGGUAAUAAUGUUUUAAUCUUGCUUUAUAAAAGGAAUGGUUGUGCUAGAUAGCUUUAUUACAUACAUUCCUAUACAGUGACACUGUACCUUGAUUAGUGUGUGUACAAUUCAGAUUUCAGGGCCGCUUGAUUCAGCCUGUCUGUGGUAGCUUAAAAGCUACAAUACAUGUACAUAUUCAGAGAAUAUUUGUCCUAAUUGAUAUUGUAUAACUGCAUGCUAAGUCUCCAAUCCCACUUACAUUUGUACUUUAUGUUUUCUCUUAAUUAAGAUAUCAGAUUAUUAAAAUCAGGUAUUAAAAAUCUGCAGAUGAUAAACCACUCAUUUUUUGUCAGGAAAAGCUAGCGAAUUAUGCUUUGAAUCAAGGAUCAUUUAUUCCUGUGAGUCGUAUUGUUUGACUGAAUUAGAAAACUAUUGAAACAGGUUGUAUAAUCUACUGCAGGACAUAUUAGUCUGACUUUCAAAAUGAGCAUUGUGAGUGCUAUUAUACUGGAAUAUUUAACACGGUUUUGUUCCUGUUGUUACAUGUCGUAUUUUGAUCUCAGAUGUAUUUGACAUUGUGACUUUGCAUUUUUAAGGAAUGUAUGUGCUAAAUAAAUUUUCAUGUAUUGAUAA